UGCCAGCUCAGCACAUUUUACUAGAACAGACUGAUUGCUGACUGCAUGCUCUUAUAAAAUGAAAAGGCUAGGCCUUGGGCCUAGCGCCUACUUAUAAAAUGAGUUUGGUCAGUCAGUAUGCAGGAUGUAAAAAGUGUACAGUGUUGCUCCUAGCUUUAACCAUAUACACUGCUACUGUAUGGUACCUAGCCAAAUCGUCUUUUAAAACUCAACGUGAGCCGCUGGAUCACAAUCAAUGGAGCCAACCAACAGAUGCCACAGCUGUAUCCAAUGACUUGCCUGAAACAGCUAAUAUUCUAAAUAAUGUACUACUUGUGAUGGUCAUUUCAACACCCGAGAACAGAGCUAGGAGAGAUGUGAUUAGGAAGACUUGGAUGGGUAGCUAUGUCGAACACAAAAAGAAGUUUGCAGUCAAGUUUGUUAUAGGAACCCUUGAUCUGAAGGCUAACAAAACAGAGUUGCUGAUUUCAGAGAAUAAUACGUUUGGCGAUGUAUUACUUUUGACCGAUCACAUCGAUUCAUACAAGAACCUUACCAAGAAAGUUUUACAUACCUUUAUAUGGGUGGACAAGAACACAAACUACUCCUUUGUACUGAAACUUGACGACGACUCGUUCCCUAAAUUGGAUCGGAUUGAAUUGGAAUUGAAAAAAAGGACUAGCCAUAGACCUCUCUACUGGGGUUUGGUUGAAUCACAAGGUAAACCAAGGAAAGAAGGAAAGUGGGCGGAAACACAUUGGAAGUUGUGUGACAAAUACCUGCCGUAUGCAUUGGGAGGGGGUUAUGUAUUAUCUAAAGACCUUAUACACAGAAUUGCUAUCAAUGCUGACGGUCUUACACUCUACAACAACGAAGAUGUCUCAGUUGGAGCUUGGAUCAGUCCAUUUGACUUAGAAAGAAAAAAUGACGAACGAUUUCGUACAAAGGUAGAUAAAAAUUGGCGUCACAAACAGUGCAAGGACUAUCUUCUGGUUCAUCAUCUGUCUAUUGAAGAUACGGAGAAAACUCACAAACUAAUGAAGAGUAAAGGUGUUUUGUGUUAAUGCUUAUGUUAAUGUUCUAUUCUGCGUGUGUGUUUUUACAUGCUCGUGUAACUGAAUUGUGGCUUCAUUUUUGCUUUUUGUGGUUGUCAAGUUGUGCCAGGGACUUCUACAUGGAAUUGCUAAUUAUCACUAA